GACACCCGGGAGACCGAGCUGAGGGCCAUCUCCGAGAAGGUGAGGGUGCUGGCGCUCCCCAAGCGGGAGGGGCUGAUCCGCGCAAAGAUGAAGGGCGUCGCCAUGGCGAAGGCUCCCGUCCUGUUCUUCCUCGAGGCGCACUGCAGAGCCAGCCCGCACUGGUUGGAGCCGCUGCUGCAGCGGCUGAAGCUGUUCCCGAAAGCGCUCGUCAUGCCGACGCUGGAUGGCAUCCCCGCGAACGACUGGCAGGGAUACGUCGAGGCGUCGCCCGGGGCCUACUGGCGCUACGAGUGGAACAUGAACCUGGUCCAGAUCAGCAACGCGUCCUACCAGCGAGGCCCCGAGCCCUAUGAGAGCCCCGGCACGUCUGGAGGCAUCUUCGCUAUGCGGAAGGACUGGUUCUUGCACCUGGACUUGUUUGAUGAGGGCCUGCUGGAGUGGGGCGGCGACCACUUCGAGCUGACGAUGAAGGCUGCCCUCAGGGCCGUGGCUCUCGCCGCUUGUCUCUGCGAAGUCGACGCCGCCAUGGCCCCGACGCGCAAGGAGAACGCUUCGCCAUGGUAUUGCAAGUGGUGCAGGCAUGACGUCACGAAUCAGCCGUGGUUCAACGCCUCCACCCUUGUGUACUGCAAGAAGUGCGGCCUGCACAAGAGCAACUGUUUCAAGGAGAACAAAGCAGCGUCGCAGCCCAGCGUCUCGGCCAAGCAGCAGUCGCUCGCGGCCAAGGUCAAGGAGCUCGAGGCGCAGCUUGCCAAGCUCCGAGAGCAUCCCCCUGGGCAAGGGCCAACGGCUACGGGUACAGGUGCGAGCCCUCCUUGGGCUGCCGCGCCUGGGGAUGCCGACACCGUCAAGAGGAGCCGUAUCAAGAUGCUGGACCAGCUGCUUCGGGUCACUACUGACCCUGCUGAUGCUGAUAUUGUGGCCAAAUGGCGUGAGGAGCGUGCUAGGUUGGAUGCUGAGCUCUUUCAAGAUAGGCCCAUUGAGCAUCAGGCCAGGUCAUUGGCGUCACGACUGUCCUCCGCCCGUGCGCGACAGGCUACCAUCCAGGCCACUCGCGACGAGCAGCAGCGGAAGAUUGACGAGCUCACCCGAGGCCUGGCCGACACGGACUCCAAGUUGCAGGAGGCGGCUGCGGAGGUCCUCCGCCUCGAGCAGCAGACUCGCGCCGCCAUGUCGCGAGUCCAGCCGCCCGAGGGCACCCAGCCACCGACGUUGGCGGACUUGCUGCCCACCUUUGCGGUCAGCGUGGAGCAGCUGGGCAAGGUUGCAUCGGGCCUCGGCCUUGGCGCCGACAUGGUCAAGGAGCUGCAAGCUAUGGCCAACACGGUCAGCAAGCUGCAGAAUAUGCCGCAGGCCAAGCCGCCUGAACCCGCACCUGCCCCCGAUGAUGAGGAUGGUGAUGAGUCUUGCGCUGAGCCACCUGACAUCGAGAUGUCCGAGCAGGAGUACCGUGAGACGCUGGGUGCAGCAGGGGUCCAAGUCGAGGAGAGCGACACCCCAGACAUCGUGCGCGAGAAGUUCAAGCGCCUUCAGCAGAGCUACUUGGACACUGUGGCCAAGAAGGGCGACUACGGCAUCACAGAGGGCUACUCCGUCUACGCCUACGCGGCUGGCGGCAUCAUAGUCGCCAGUGUGUAUCUCGUCACGUCUAUUGGCAUAUCGGGCGAGAACAUUGAAGUCCUGUGGGCCUUGGCACAGAGAGUUGCGGCAUGGAACUCACGGGGCCUCGACUGGAUCCUAGGUGGCGACUGGAAUUCCGACAUCGAUGCGCUCAAUGUUCGCAACUGGGUCGAGACCAUGGCAGCCGUCCACUACGUGCCCGACCAGCACACCUGCAUCACCGAUGAAGGCAAGAGCACCAUAGACUAUUUCGUCGUCUGUGCCAAUUUAGCGUCUCGCAUCAAGGGCAAGCCAGAGGUUCAGUAUGACUCCACGGGCGUGCCGCCGCCGCAUUUUCCUGUGGAGCUGCAGCUCAUGGGCGAGGAUCGCCCCACGUGGUGCCGUGUCCCUGUGGAGCCACGUCCCUUUGCGGUGGUGCCGCCAGUUGGCUGUGCUAGAUAUCCCUACCCGUGGCACAGGCUUCGGACAGAGUUCCAACGGGUCAGCUGUACUGACGACCUGAGCCCGCUCUGGGACUCCGUGUUGCGAGGGGUGGACUACGAGCUGGCAGGGCGCUACGACUGUGUGGGUGCUAAGGCCAUGCAGUACAUCGGACGCGAGGGGCCGCCGCAGUUCAAGUGGCAGCACUUGUCAUGGCAGCCGCCACGCAGGCGUACCUACAAGGAGCCGACCGUGCUGGCCUGGGCCACGGCGAAGCGAUGGGCCCAGCACCUUGUGGCUGAGAAGAAGCGGCUGGUGAGGUACAUCGAGCGCCUCAAGCUUUGUGCUGCCGUAUGUGACAUCACGCCGCUGCAGUACACUAAGGUCGUAGUGGCUUUCAACGAGGUGGCUUCUUUCGGCGAGGGCUGA